AUGGACUCCUUCUCGUCGCCGUCGAUGUCGUCGUCAGGGUCGUCCCCCAACCCGGAGGCGCUCAUGGAGCAGAUCAAGGCGCAGCUCGCGCAGGCCUAUGCCCAGGAGCUUCUUGAGACCGUUGGGAACAAGUGCUUUGCAAAGUGUGUGACCAAGCCAGGAUCAAGCCUGAGCGGAAGCGAGAGCAGCUGCGUGUCACGCUGUGUUGAUCGUUACAUUGAGGCAACUGGCAUCGUCGGCCGGGCUUUGUUCAGUCACCGUUAA